AUGUUCGAGGGGGGUGACAGUCAUGGUUUGGGCGCCUUCAGUUCCAGUGGGGAAAUGGAAUGGUUAUUGCCGCCUGGAUGGUUAAGUACCAAACAAUACUACUAUUGCAUCCUUGAUCUUAUUAUUAAGACUGGACGGAAUUUUUCAUUGGGACAUUUUGAUCUGGUCCAAGGAUCCACCAGUUCUAAAAUGGCCAAGAAGUUAUCGAUCCGAUCGGAAGUCUUUUCAUCGUUCACAGUACACUUUAAAGAUGUGAAGAGGCCAAAAGCAGCAGCUCUUCGAAGCGAAACCUUGCAAAAGGUGGUCGGUUUCCGUGAGGAACCUUUAUAA